GAUCCAACACGUGGGUAAUACCCAAGACUCAAGGAGCCUCUCCCCAGGGAGGUUACGGCCACAGCAGCACGUUCGACAGUGCCAGCGGCAGUGUGUAUGUUCACGGAGGCUACAAGGCAUUUCCUGCCAACAAAUACGGCCUUGUUGACGACCUCUACCGCUACGACGCUAACACGCGGACAUGGUUCAUCCUGAGAGAGAGCGGCUCUCCACGGUACCUGCACUCGGCUGUGCUCCUCAGCGGCACCCUGCUCUUCUUCGGCGGCAACACACAUAACGACACAUCGCUCAGCAACGGGGCCAAGUGUUUCUCUGCGGACUUCCUAGCCUACGACAUUGCUUGUGAUGAGUGGAGGGUCCUGCCUAAACCAGACCUGCACAGGGAUGUCAACCGCUUUGGUCACUCUGCUGUGGUUAGCAAUGGGUCCAUGUUCGUGUUCGGGGGCUUCUCCGGCAUGCUGCUCAACGAUGUGCUUGUUUACCGACCCCCCAGCUGCCAGGCCUUCUUGGCAGAGGAGGGGUGUGUCAAGGCUGGGCCAGGGGUGCGCUGCAUCUGGAGCAGAGGUCACUGUUUCCCCUGGGAACCCAGCAUGGCUAAUGGGAGCAUUAUUCCUGCCCCAUUCUGCCCCCUUAAAGCUGUCACAGUGGACGAGCGCUGCUACCGGUUCUCAGACUGUGCCAGCUGUACAGCCAACACCAACGGGUGCCAGUGGUGUGACGACAAGAAGUGCCUCUCUGCCUCCAGCAACUGCACCGCUAACGUGAGGAACUUCACUGAGUGUCCGGUGCGCAACGAGCAGGUGUGCACCAAGAUGGCCAACUGCAAGAGCUGCUCGGUGAAUCUCAACUGUCAGUGGGACCAGAAUCAGUCAGAGUGCCACGCUUUGCCAGGUAAGAAAGACGCUGAGCCCCCAAGCUGAUUUCCAUACCCAAAA